UGUAGCUUUCAAGUUUGUUUUCCAGAAAAUAACUGAGGAUGGAGGUCGAAGGCUCCGCCGGACCGGCGAGCGAAGGCCUCGCGGCGGCGUCACCGGCGCGAGCUUCGGAUCGGGCGGCUGCAGGGACUUCCAAAUACCUCACCAACCUCCCCUCUCGCGGCCUCUUCUCUGCCGACUUCUCUUCGAACCUGGGUGGAAUGCGUGUGUACGUCUGCGAUCACGAUACAUCGCCUCCAGAGGACCAAGUUAUCAAGACAAAUACAACAAAUAUAUUGAUUAGAGCUCUCCAACUCAGCAAACAAAGGAGUGAGUCAAAGGAUGUGAAUGCUAAAGCUCCAGCAGAGAGCAGCAGGGGGAAGAGAUCUGCUUUUAGAGCGUAUGAUGGCAGGAAUCCAGCCAAAAAAGCCAACACUGGUAGUGCUUCUGGUAUUUCUGGACAAGAGGGAUCAAGUAUCGGGGUGCCUGAGAAAGCAUUACAGUCUUUGACCGUGGAGCGGUUGCGUGCACUUCUGAAAGAGAGAGGCCUCUCGCUUAGAGGAAAAAAGUUGUGAUGAACUGAUUGCGCGCCUGAAGGGUCAAGAUAUUUAGAGGAUGAAGAACCAACAUCGCUCCAGCUGGUUUUUUGGUCAAUAUGAUGCUGUAGUAGGUUAAACUCCUUGUGUUGUAUGUAAAAGUUGAAGCCCAAAAACAGUUCGCUUUUUGGACAUAAGUUAUCUCCAAUAUAUUUUCUUUUUGUUCUUGUGUAACUGCAUGUAAAUUAGUAAUCUUUUUGUAGGUCUGAUGAUGACUAGGGAUUUCAUAGUGUUAGGACUCCAUAGUGUUAGAUAUGUGCUGUCAGUGCGGCUCAAGUUUUUUAUGUUUUGAUCCUGCCAUCUGGUUUGUGGUCGAGGGAUCAUAAACCUACCAGCGAUUCGGAGCAUAUGAUUGUCUCCAGAAGAUCUAGCGCUGCAUGGCAUAUCUUCAUGCAUUAAUUGUAAUUGAACCUGCUGGCUCAGGUUGAUGCAACAAUGAGAAAUCAAAGGCGUUUGAAUGGGGAACUUUGGAGUGGCUUUUGAUUUUUU